CCCUCCCUUAAGAUGGCAGCAGCCAAAGAAGACGAGUUACUGCUACCUCGGCUUCCUGAGCUCUUUGAAACCAGCAAGCAGCUUCUAGACGAAGUAGAAGUAGCAGCUGAACCCAUCAGUUCCCGGAUAAUCCAAGAGAAGGUAUUGAAGGGACUAGACCUCCUUAAGAAGGCUGCCAAAAUGUUAUCUCAACUUGACUUGUUCAGCCGAAAUGAAGAUUUGGAAGAGAUUGCUUCUACUGACCUGAAGUACCUGAUGGUACCAGCAUUUCAAGGAGCACUUGCCAUGAAACAGGUCAACCCAAGUAAGCAUCUAGAUCAUUUGCAGUGGGCUCGAGAACACUUUUUAAACUACUUAUCUCAGUGCCAAUACUAUCAUGUGGCAGAAUUUGAGUUGCCCAAAACCAAGAACAACUCAGCUGAAAAUAACACUGCUAGUUCCUCCAUGACCGAUUCUAGCCUCAUUGCUAUAACCUCUCAAAGACAGGCAAAAAUAGAGAGAUACAAGCAAAAGAAGGAAAUGGAACAUAGGUUAUCUGCACUGAAAUCUGCUGUGGAAAGUGGUCAAGCUGAUGAUGAGAGUAUUCGUGAAUAUUACCUCCUUCACCUUCAAAGGUGGAUUGGUAUCAGCUUAGAAGAGAUUGAGAGCAUUGACCUGGAGAUAAAGGUCCUGAGAGAAAAAGCCUCUUCAGCAGAGGGGUCAGUUUCUAACUCAUCUCGUCAGGACAGGCCUCAAAUGAAGCCCUUUAUUCUCACUCGGAAUGCGGCCCAAGCCAAAGUAUUUGGAGCCGGUUAUCCAAGUCUGGCAUCUAUGACGGUGAAUGACUGGUAUGAUCAGCAUCGGAAAUUUGGAGCAUUAUCAGAUCAAGGAAUAGUCAAGACAACAUUAGAGGUCAAAAGAGCAGCUCAGCAACAGGAAGAUCAGGAAACAAAGGAGGAAGAGGAUGAUGAGCAAACACUACAUCAAGCUCGGGAGUGGGAUGACUGGAAGGACAUCCAUCCGAAAGGCUAUGGUAACCGACAGAAUAUGGGUUAG